AAGAAAUUUGAGUGAGGCGAGGUGGCAGUAACGAAGUGGGCAUGAGAAUUAGGCUCGCACAAGAAAGAAAGAACUCCUUCCUUGGUUGGUGGUCUUAACUGAAAGCGAAACUUUUGAAUUGAAAUUUCGAUACCAAAACAAAAAACAACGUUGUUCUUUUGGAUUCAUUCACUUCUCACUUCACUUGUCCCUUUCCAUCAUUCCAUUUUCCACAUACCCCAACUCCAAUUCAUCCUUAAUCGCAAUCAUUACGUUCCAUUCUUUCAUGUAACCUCCCAAACCAAAAACUUCCAUUCAGAUCGGAUUCUUCUCAUUUCCUCCAUCUUCAAAUAGCAGCAUAAGAAGGUUUGUGGGGUAGUGAAUGCUUAGUGAAUGGGGAUUCAGACAAUGGCAUCUCAAGGUAGUGGUCAGCAGUCUCAUUUUCAACCAUCCUCAUUGACAAGGCAGAAUUCAUGGUACAACCUGACUCUAGAUGAAGUUAAUAACCAGCUGGGAGACAUGGGCAAACCACUUGGAAGUAUGAAUCUCCAUGACCUUCUUCAAACCAUAUAUACUACUGAAGCUAAGGAAUCCAGUACAGUUGAUGUGGAGAAUACUUCUUCAUCAUCAUCGCUUCAACGACAAGCUAGUCUAACAUUGGCUAGAGCUCUGAGUAGCAAGACAGUCGAUGAUGUGUGGAAAGAGAUCCAACAAGGGCAGAAGCGGAGGUACUAUGAGCACAUGAUUGACCAAGAUAGACAGCCUACACUUGGUGAAACAACUCUAGAAGACUUUCUGGUACAAGCAGGGCUUUUUGCUGAAGCUUCUCCUAGUCCUGCGGUAGGAUUGCACCCUAUUGAUGCAGUGACACCACCCACAGGAAUUGAAAUGCAUCCCAUUGAUGCAGUGACACCUUCCAUUGGAUUGUAUCCCAUUGAUGCAGUGACACCUCCCAUAGGAUUGCAUCCCAUUGAUGCAGUGACACCACAGAGUUAUCCUUAUAAGUUUGGUUUGUCAUCGCCAUCCCCAUUACUUGGUGCAUUAUCAGACCCAACAAUUCCUGGGAGAAAAGGGGAUUCAUCGGAUGCAUAUGAGAAGAGCAUGGAAAGGAGGCUUAAGAGAAAAAUCAAAAACAGGGAGUCAGCUGCCCGAUCGCGAGCAAGAAAGCAGGCUUACCACAAUGAAUUGGUGAGCAAGGUUUCACGUUUAAAAGGACAGAACUCGUGGCUCAAGAAAGAGAAGGAAGUUGAGAUUAUGCUCGAAGAUAAUUCCUCUCCUGAUCCAAAAUACCAGCUUCGAAGAACAAGGUCAGCUACGUUCUGACUCAUAACAUGCACCAACGCCAUUAACAAAAUUCAGAAUUAUUUGGACCGCCAGUACUCCAUGUCUUUGCAUCGAAGCUGUUUUAGGAUUGCAUCACCAGAUUUCUUGUUCAGUAUCUUCUGCAAAUAUGGUUCUACUUCUACCCAUCCAUUAGUGUUUGGUUGUGUAUACAUGUUUGGUUAACUAGGAAUAUAUAAAAAUAUAUAAUACAUAUACAUACAGAACAGCAAAAGUGCCAUGUUGAUAAGUUCUGGUCCUGUUUUGCUGGUGCACACUCCAUAGAAUUGAGUGCAUGGUGUGUGUGUGUGUGUGUUGGUGCUCAAUCUUAACAUUCUAAUACAUAUUAGGUUAGCCAUGGUAGUUUGAUGAUCUUUGUUUUCUAGAUAUUACCUACCCAAAUUAACAAAAAAAAAAAGACUCUUGUUCGUUCAACUUUAUAGUAUAAUUAAUAAGGCUUAUACUAGUUACAAAA